CCAGAACUUGAAUCACAAUGCAGAACCAGAGUCAAAAUCCAUUCUGAAUAAAUCUCCCCUCUGAAGUGCGCUCGACGAUACUUAUGCGCCCGUUAUCUGCUCUGUCUCAAGGUCGCGCAACCCCCCGGAUCUCGCCACGUUUUGCUUUACUAUUUACACGAGGCUCUGGUCGUCAACCUUCAAACAUCAACACCACAACCCCAUUGUCACCACUCUCCCAGAGCUCUACUUGACCUCACUCUCUCUCGAUCUCAGAAUGAAUACCCUCUUCAAUACUGCUCUCAAACAAUCCACCUCCCUGAAGCGCGACCUCUCCUCCCCACCCACCGCCCUCACGCCCUCGCUGCUCGGCCAGAUCUCCGCAUCUUUAACCUCCUUCUCGCGCACCAUAGACCAGUAUGCCGACCUCGUAAAAAACGAGCUCAAUCCGUCAAAGAAAGAGAAAGCUCUAGAGCGCAUUGCGUCGUUCCGCUCCGAGCUCCAAUCCUUCCGAGAGCAAUUCAAAGAAUUAAAGCUGCAGAGCGAAGAUGCCAGUGCGGCAGUUGACAGGCGCGAGCUGCUUGGUCGAAGGCCCCAUAACACCGCGACGCCUGACAAUCCAUAUGCGAAUGCGACGAAUCUGGGCGCGGCAACUAGUCCAUGGGCGCCGAAGGAUGGAAGCUUGAGUAUGGGGAGUAACGACUACACGCGAGAGACGCAUGCACUGCGUGAGCAGGCCUUCUUUGCAAAUACGCACUCGGCGCUGGAUGAGUACUUGGCCAGGGGGCAGGCGGUCCUGGGGGAUCUGGGACAGCAGAGGGAGAUUCUGAAGGGGACGCAGAAGAGGCUGUAUAGUGUUGCGAACACGUUGGGGAUCAGUGGAGAUACGAUUCGUAUGAUUGAGCGGAGGGCGAAACAGGACAAGUGGAUUUUUUGGGCGGGAGUGGUUAUCUUCUUUGGAUUCUGCUGGUUGGUGCUGCAUUACCUGGGGUAGUAAGAGGAAGAUAGUAGGAUAUGCGGUCUACGAGUCAAGACUGACGAAACGGUCUGCCAAAAAUCAAGCCGGGAGGAAGAUUGACGGGUUUGGUAUAGCGCGGAGUCCGGCGUUCAGGAGAACUACCAUGGGUAUCAACAGAAAAGAUGGGAAUAUCAGCAUUUAGCCUCUUCGCGGCUCUACGAGUUUACAUACCCUCUUCUUUCCGCUAGGAAGAAUGCCCAGUACGCAACCGCAACUCUCUUCCGUCUACCCCUGCUUUCUCUGUUUCUGUUCUUGCCUUUAUCACUUUGUACCCUCUAUUCACCCGUCCCUCUGCCGCAAGUGUGGGUAGAUCUGGUUCGAUCGCUAUACAUACAGCGAGGGCGAUACUUAAGUGUUCAAGUCGCUCUAGCCCAU